AUGAUGCAGUCUUUUUCUUAUUUCCAAAAUAUAUACUACAUUUUUCUUAUUGGAGAGAAUACAUCCCUUGGAUAUGGUGAAGACAUGACUAGUUGUGUCACCAAAACAGGCGUAACAUGUGGAGGUCAUGAUACAAUUCAUGGAAAUGCAGAGAUGGAAUAUGAUACCAAGUCUACAAAUGGAGGAGAGGUUGAGCUUAAUGAUGAAUUAAUGCUCGAACGAAGAAUGCUACAACAAACCCAAGGGAAUACCCUUGGAAGUUAUAAUAAUGGGUUACCUAAUGCUCAAAGUUAUAUCAAUCCACCGCUUAACAUGGGACCUUAUAACAGCCAAGGGAAUAACAACCCCUCAAGUUAUAACAUGCCCACUUUUAGCAAUCCAUCGUCUACCAUGAGCGGUUAUACUAGUAACGGCUAUAGCAAUCCAUCAACUUAUAACAUGCCAACUUAUAGCAAUCCAUUGUCUACCAUAAGCGGUUAUACCAGUCAAGUCAAUAGCAAUCCAUCAACUACCAUGGGAGGCAAUACAAAUACAGCCUAUGGCUAUCAAAUACCUAACAUGGAUGAUAAUGAAGAUGGAGGGGGAGGAGGAGGAGGAGGAGGCGGAGGCGGUGACGGAGGCGGAGGUGGAGGCGGAGGUGGAGGCGAUGGAGGAGGAGGUGGAGGGGGUGGUGGUGGAAAAUGA